AUGAAGAAAGCUGGCGCCGCUUCGUACGAUGCAUACAGUCGCAUCACAACUCUCGUUGAUGAUACCGUAAGCAGUGCCAGAAGGUUACUACAAUCGCUCGGAAACGAAGAAGAAUGUAACGACUACGAAUCUGAUGCGCAGCAGCAAAUCAUCACUCAAGCUAGAUUUGCAGAUCGGACAGCAUCUAAAACCAUAUCCAAUGCUUUGCCCUUGCUCGGGCUCCGAUCUAUUCACGAUAUAUACCGUUCCCUUGACAAAAAGAAGAUUAUGGUUACUCGGACAUACCAAGCUAAGCAAGAGAUAAGCGAUGAUUUGGCCAAGGAAUUGGAAAUAUUGGAGAAGCCAUCAAUACAGCCAACCGUGAGAGGAGAAAACGUGAUUCGUGUCUGAAAUUAACGAAAACUUCGAAUAAACCUUUAAUUGUUCAAU